AAUACUACUUUCAAUUUAUUGACAUAGUAAUUUUACACUUUCGUACUCAUAAGUGCAAUCGAAAACCAUUUAACGUGAACAGAGCAAGGUUAUAAAACGCAUUACCAGUCAUUUAUUUCAAAACAUAAAUUCAAUUGUAAUUAAAAACAAUGCGAAAUUUUGUAAGCGAUCUUGUAAUUUGCAUACUGCUACUACUUUCAGUGAGCCUUAUAUUUGGAGCUAGUGAAGUUAUUAAGUCUCUUGUAAACACAGGACAAACAUUUUUAGAUUCUCCAUCCUACAACUGGAUUAUUCAGUUGUGUUUAAACUUACUAAGCUAUGCUACUAUACUUUUGCCAGGCUGUCUCAUUUAUAAAUAUGUACGUUACACCAAAUACAUACAAAGAGGAGGCAAGGGAUGCAUUCCAAGGAUGGUACAUUCAUGCUUUGUGGGUCACUGCGAAACAGGACUCUUGGACUCUUCUUACUCGUCCAUGACAUCAAAUCUUAAGCAACGUACUUUUAUGCAAGAUGCAUUAUUACUUAUGUAUUGCUUCUUUGGUUUACAAGUCAGUUAUUUAACAUGGGGUUAUUUACAGGAGAAGAUAAUGACACAGGAAUACGAAGAUCUUAACGGAAACAAAGACCAUUUCAAAGAUUCUCAAUUUUUAGUAUUUGUUAAUCGAAUUCUGGCAUUUUUAAUGUCAGGAUUAUAUUUAACAAUUCAAAGGCAACCUCAGCAUAAAGCACCACUCUAUAAAUAUGCAUUUUGUUCUUUGUCAAAUAUCAUGAGCAGUUGGUGCCAAUAUGAAGCUUUAAAAUACGUUAGCUUUCCAACACAGGUAUUAGCAAAAGCUUCUAAAAUAAUUCCAGUUAUGAUAAUGGGAAAAAUAAUUUCACGUACCACGUACGAGUAUUAUGAAUAUGUUACUGCAAUACUAAUUUCCAUUGGAAUGACAUUAUUUAUGUUAGAUAGUUCUGAUUAUAGAAACGAUGGAGCUACUACUAUGUCUGGUACUAUUCUCCUAGGAGGCUACUUAAUAUUAGAUAGCUUUACAAGUACCUGGCAGAAUGCAUUAUUCAUAGAAUAUGGUGCAACAAGUGUACAAAUGAUGUGUGUAGUUAAUAUGUUUUCCUGUCUAUUUACAGCGAUGUCUCUAUUUCAGCAAUCAAGUUUUCCCCUCAUAUUUUCAUUUAUGACAAAGUAUCCCAGAUUCAUUGUCGAUUGUUUACUCAUAUCAAUCUGUUCUGCGAGCGGCCAGUUGUAUAUUUUUUAUACGAUUUCUAAAUUUGGGCCAGUAACAUUUGUUAUUAUAAUGACUAUUCGACAGUGUUUAGCUAUAUUGUUGUCCUGCUUGAUAUAUCGUCAUCUUAUCACAGUUGUCGGUAUAAUUGGUAUAUUAUUAGUAUUCGGCUCUGUAUUUUUACGAAUAUAUUGUAAUAACAGACUGCGAGCAAUUAGAAGACGUAGAGCUGCUGCCAACAAUGUAAAAGAUUAA